GGAGGAGCUCAGGCUUUGGUAGUGACUCUGGGAAUUCUGCAGUGCUGCGCAUGGCUGUCCGCUCAGACCGUAAGGACUAGUGUCGGGAUGAUGGGAAGAGGUCCCGAGCAAUGGCCGAUGUCCCAUGAACGGGUGAAGAGGGGAUGGGUUUGGAAUCAGUUCUUCGUCGUGGAGGAAUACACCGGUACGGAGCCGCUUUACGUCGGAAAGAUCCAUUCAGACUCUGAUGAAGGCGACGGCUCUAUAAAGUACACGAUCUCUGGAGAGGGAGCAGGGACUGUCUUCAUCAUAGACGAGGUCACGGGCGACAUCCACGCCACCGAGCGUCUGGACCGAGAGGAGAAGACCUUCUACACCUUACGAGCUCAGGCGCGAGACCGCCAGACCGACGCGCCGCUGGAACCCGAGUCUGAGUUCGUCAUCAAAGUCCAGGACAUUAACGACAGCGAGCCCAAGUUUCUAGAAGGUCCCUACAUCGGGAGUGUGGCCGAGCUCUCUCCUAUCGGUACGUCAGUAAUGAAGGUUAUGGCCUCAGACGCUGAUGAUCCGACCUAUGGAAGCAGUGCUCGGAUAGUUUACAGCGUCCUGGAAGGAGAACUAUUCUUUACUGUUGACCAACAAACAGGAGUGAUCCGGACGGCCGUGGCGGAUCUGGAUCGUGAGACGCAGGACCGCUAUGAGCUGGUUGUCAAGGCAACAGAUAUGGCAGGUCAAAUGGGCGGCCUCUCCGGUUCCACCACAGUGACUAUAGUGAUCACGGAUGUUAAUGACAACCCUCCACGCUUCCCUCAGAAGAUGUAUCAGUUUUCGGUCUCGGAGGGUGCGGCCGUUGGGACGCCGAUCGGCCGGGUGAUCGCGACAGAUGCAGACAUGGACGAGAAUACGGAUAUGAGUUACCUGAUCAAAGACGAGGAGGGCGGAGAGCUGUUCAGAGUCUCGACUGACGGAGACACACAAGAGGCCGUCAUCACCAUCAAAAAGCCUCUUGACUUUGAGAACAAGCGCACUCAUAAUGUGGUCGUGGAGGCUGUGAACAAACAUGCGGACCCUCGUUUCGUGGAUCUGGGCUCUUUCCGGGACCAAACCAUCGUGCGGGUCAGUGUGUCGGAUGUGGACGAGCCUCCCAUCUUCAUCCCUCCCACCGGCACCAUCAUGGAGGUUCAGGAAGACGCUCGCUUGGGUGCGCUGGUUGGGAUUGUGACUGCCAAAGACCCGGAUAUGGAUAACGUCCCUGUCAGGUUCUCUAUAGACCGGAGCACAGACCAGGAGCAGAUCUUUAACAUCGAUGCUGUAACAGGUGCUAUCACUCUGGGAAAGAUCCUGGACCGGGAAACUGCCGGCUGGCACAACAUCACAGUUACUGCGGUGGAAGCAGAUAACCAGUCCAUGGCUUCUCAGACGGCAGUAAGCAUCCGCAUCCUGGACGUGAACGACAACCCUCCUGAACUCGCCACUCCUUACGAGGCGUCGAUCUGCGAGGAUGCCAAACCUGGCCAGCUCAUUCACACCAUCAGUGUGGUGGACAGAGACGAACCGGUUAUUAUCAAAAGAACGGCAUUUACACUGGCCCCCGAGGCCUCCAACAACCGCCAUUUCACACUAUGGGACAUCAAGGACAACACAGCCGGCAUCAGGACGCAGCGCUCUGGAUUCAACCGUCAGGAGCAGAACGUGUACCUGCUGCCCAUCCUGGUGGUGGACAGCGGCCCUCCGGCCCUCAGCAGCACGGGGACCCUCACCAUCCACGUGUGCGGCUGUGACACGGACGGAGCCAUUCAGUCCUGCAACGCCACGGCUUACGUCAUGUCAGCCGCGCUCAGCCCCGGCGCUCUCAUCACACUGCUGGUCUGCAUCCUCAUCCUCAUCGUCCUGGUGCUGCUGAUCUUGACCCUCAAGCGUCACAGGAAGGGCCAGCUCAUGUCUGAAGACGAGGAGGACAUGCGCGACAACGUCAUCAAAUACAACGAUGAGGGUGGCGGCGAGCAGGACACCCAGGCAUAUGACAUGAGUGCCCUGCGCAGCCUCUACGACUUCCCCGAGGUCAAAAACUCAGAUUCGGGCCCUGACCUGCGCCCGGUCCCGCAGUGGAUCCAGAACAGAGUUGUUGGAGAUGGUGGCCCGGCCGACUUCUCAGUUUUCAAAGGCUACAUACGCAAGAAGGUGGAGCAGGCGGACGCGGACCUGUCGGUGCCGCCAUACGACUCGUUCCAGACUUACGCUUUCGAGGGCAGCAGCUCGCCGGCUCUCUCGCUAAGCUCCAUCCAUACGCUGUCUACCACCUCGGAGCAGGACUUCUCGUACCUCAGCGACUGGGGGCCGCGCUUCAGGCAGCUGGCGGGAUACUACGCCCCGGCCCAACCUGAGGAAGAAGGGUCCUAGCACAAUCCUGUGAACAGCAUCCCGUCAUUUUUUUCUCCCUGCAGUUCCCAGUUUGGAUCCCAGUCAGUCUGGGGAGUUUUAAUGUCACCCGUUACACUUUGUAAAGUGACUUCUCAUCUUGUAGAAAAGUUCAGGACAAAUAUUGAAGGAGAAAAACAACUAGGCCGGGUGCUGGGCAAACCUCCAACAUCUUCUCACCUGUCAGCGAGAGUAAGAGGAACGGGGCCGUGCCAUAUA